AUGGCCAUGCCGGCCACGUUCCCCCUCGACGCGCCACCCCUCUCUCCCUACCUCUCCAGCCCGAGCCACCAUGCCAAACAGCUCGCCCUGGAUCUCCUGAGAUCGCCAGUACAGGCUGUUGGGCGAAAGGACGCCGACACGACCCGGACGGAGCGCGCCCACGACGCUCCAGGUACGCCGCCAACGGCAUGGCGACGUCACCAGCGCACGGACGCGCGCGACCCGGGCACGCGUCGUUCGCCGUACUCCGCCGUACCCCGACCACCUCCGCUCGCCCUGAUGGAGAUGAACUCCGACGACUCCAUGUCGUUGUCCUCCGAGUCCGGUUGGUCUUCGUCGGACGAUUCGGACAUUGAGGAGUUGCUUCAAGACGAUGACGUGGAGAUGAUGAGCCUCCUCAUCGAUGUCCAAGAGAUCGAAGAUCGCGCAAAGCUGUUGGAUCAUAGGAGAGGAUCGGUGAUGGGGCGAGAGUACAUUUACCGCAACCGUGGUCUCGGGCACGAGCAACUGAUGCGAGACUACUUCGCGAAGGAGCAUCCUACAUACCCACCUCGCCUCUUCCGGAGAAGGUAUCGAAUGCGUCGUAGUUUGUUUGUGAAGAUUGUUAAUGAUUGUGAGGCCGCCUCGGAUUACUUCAAGCGUCGUAGGUCCGCCUCCGGUCAAUGGGGGUUUAGUGCUUAUCAAAAGAUAUCGGCGGCAAUGCGUGUGCUCGCCUAUGGCGUACCCGCGGACUAUACCGACGAGUAUCUUCGCAUUGGUGUACAAACAACCACGGAUUCCGUCCGUAGGUUUGCAAAGUUGGUCAUCCGGUUGUAUGGUGAUUUGUAUCUUCGGGCACCCAACGAGGAAGAUACAAAGAGGUUGAUGGAGAUGAAUGAAAAAAGGGGAUGGCCGGGGAUGCUUGGUAGUCUUGAUUGCAUGCAUUGGACAUGGAAAAAUUGCCCCAAAUCAUGGCAUGGAAUGUAUUGUGGAAAAAACAAGGAUGCAACCAUUGUGCUUGAGGCCGUGGCAUCGGAGGACACAUGGAUUUGGCAUGCAUUUUUCGGUUUGCCAGGUACACUCAAUGAUAUCAACGUGCUCAAUAGAUCUCCUUUGUUUGCAAGAUUAGUUUCUGGAGAUGCUCCAACUUGCAACUACAAGGUCAUGAACCAUGAGUACUCAAUGGGAUACUAUCUCACCGAUGGCAUUUAUCCCGAGUGGGCAACUCUUGUGAAGUCCAUCAAGGAGAAAAAUGGUGUGCCCCUAACAAAAAAACAAGCUCAUUUCACAAGGGCACAAGAGGCAGCCCGCAAAGAUAUUGAGAGAGCUUUCGUACAAAAGUAG